AAAAAGACAGAUGACAAUAAAUAACAUAUACCGUUUUUUUCGAAUUAAUUAGCAUUUCUAAUCAAGCUCGUUUUCUGCCACUACACGUGAUGACAUUUAAUCAAAUGACGUUUAAAUUUGCAGCCAGUCUUAACGAAUUCAACAUUGGUGAGUGAAGGGCUUGUUGAAUUAGUCUCCCUGACAACACUUUGACAGCCUUUAUUAAUUUCUUUGUUUGUCUGGGGUGCUGUUUGUGUACACACACACACACACAUUUGUCGAUUGUUAGGAAUGUGAGUGUGUGUGUUCAGUGUGUUGGUUCAGGGUAUUCUUUACUUGACUCGCAGCCGUGGCCCUGGAGACAGAAACACCGCUCUUUCUUUCUUUCUUUCAUUCUUUCUCUCUUUCAUUCAUUCUCUCAUUCCUCCCUCGUCUGGCCAUCUCCCCGGACCCUGCCAUGCCUCCAUCCAGCUCAGUCUGAGCAGCUGCGCACAGUUCGGUGAGGAGUUCAGUGCGCAGAGGGUCUGGACGGAAGAGCACCCUGCUCCGUGUUCUCUCUCUCUCUCUCACUCACUCUCUCUCUGUCUCUCUCUUUAAUUCACAGGAUGGAUCUACACUCAUAACGCAUCACAAGUCCUCACUUCAGCAAGUUGUCGGUUCUUUUAUUCCGGACCGGGGUAGGAGGCUGAGGACAAACCUUCCUUCUCUACAAAGAACAGGAUUUUUCCCCCCGUUUAUCUCGUUCUCAUCUGAAAACCUCCACCAUGAAUCCGACCGGGCUGCGUUUACGCGCCGUGCUGCUGCUUUGCUUCGUCUCCUCCACGGCGUGCAAUAUGUUCGCCUUCACCGAGGAGCCCUCGGACAGAGUGGGGAAGGGUGACGGCUACUGCAGUCGGAUUUUACGGGCACAGAGCAACCGCAGGGAGGAGAACGACGACUUUCGCCUGCGCGUGGAAGGAGACCCGGAGAGCUACCAGCCGGGGAACACCUACAGAGUGACGGUGACUGCUUCUCGAUCUGCCUACUUCAGAGGAUUCACUCUCAUUGCCCUGAAGGAAGGGGCAGAAGGGGACAGUGACGAGGACUAUGCUGGGAAUUUCCAGAUCAUUGACGAAGAGGAAACGCAGUUUAUGACCAACUGCCCUCCGGCUGUCACAGAGAGCACCCCCCGCCGCCGCACCAGCAUCCAGGUGUUCUGGACAGCUCCCCCUAGUGGUUCUGGCUGUAUCUAUCUAAAAGCCAGCAUUGUGCAGAAGAGAAUCAUCUAUUUUCAGGAUGAAGGUCCACUAACGAAACGAAUGUGUGAGAAAGAGUCACUGUACGGAAACAUUACGGAGAAACCUCUGCUCGACUGCUGCGCCUGUGGAACCGCAAAGUACAGAGUCACCUUUUUCGGGAACUGGUCGGAGAAAAUUCAUCCUAAGGACUAUCCCCGGCGUGCGAAUCACUGGUCGGCCAUUAUUGGUUCGUCCCACUCUAAAAACUAUGUGCUGUGGGAGUACGGCGGCUUCGCCAGUGAUGGAGUGAAACAGGUUGCUGAGCUGGGAUCUCCUGUUAAAAUGGAGGAGGAGAUCAGACAGAAGGGUGACGAUGUCCUGACAGUCAUUAAAAUGAAAGCUCAAUGGCCGGCCUGGCAACCACUUAAUGUACGAGCGGCUCCAUCGGCUGAAUUCUCCGUGGACCGGACCCGUCACCUCAUGUCCUUUCUGACCAUGUUAGGACCCAGUCCAGACUGGAAUGUGGGACUGUCUGCUGAAGACCUCUGUACAAAGGAGUGUGGCUGGGCCCAGAAGGUGGUCCAGGACCUGAUCCCCUGGGAUGCAGGCACUGACAGUGGGGUGUCAUAUGAGUCUCCCAACAAGGUUACCGAGCCCCAGGACAAGAUCCGACCCCUGACCAGUCUAGAUCAUCCACAGAGCCCAUUUUAUGAUCCUGAAGGGGGCGCCAUCACUCCAGUGGCCAGGGUAAUGGUGGAACGCAUUGCCAGAAAGGGCGAGCAGUGCAACAUUGUGCCUGACAACGUGGACGACAUUGUGGCUGACAUUGCACAGGAGGAGAAGGAAGAAGAUGACACCCCUGAGACGUGCAUCUACUCUAACUGGUCUCCGUGGUCCGCCUGCAGCUCAGCCACUUGUGACAAGGGUAAGAGGAUGAGGCAGAGGAUGCUGAAGGCCCAGUUAGACCUCAGCGUUCCCUGCCCACACACCCAGGACUUCGAGCCCUGCAUGGGGCCUGGGUGUAGUGACGAGGAUGCGUCCACAUGUAUGAUGUCAGAGUGGAUCACCUGGUCUCCGUGCAGUGCGUCCUGUGGGCUGGGCUUACGCUCCAGGGAGCGUUACGUGAAACAGUUUCCUGAGGACGGCUCAAUCUGCACGAUGCCCACCGAGGAAACUGAAGACUGUGUGGUCAACGAGGAGUGCACUCCCAGCAGUUGCCUGGUGACAGAGUGGGCUGAGUGGGAUCUCUGCAGCGCUACUUGUGGUCUUGGCAUGAAGAGGCGAGAACGCAUGGUGAAGAUGCCCCCUGAAGACGGCUCCAUCUGUGGAGCUGAGGUGCUGGAAGUGGAGAAGUGCAUGAUGCCAGAGUGUGACACCAUCCCCUGCCUCCUGUCACCGUGGUCUGACUGGAGCGACUGCAGUGUGACCUGUGGGAAGGGUCUGAGGACACGGCAGCGUAAACUCAAAUCCCCUGUGGAGCUGGGAGACUGUACGGAGGAACUGGAGCAGGUGGAGAAGUGUAUGCUGCCAGAGUGCCCCAUCGACUGCAUCAUGUCAGAGUGGACAGAGUGGUCAGAGUGCAACAAGUCUUGUGGGAAGGGUCACACCAUCCGAACACGCAUGGUGAUGAUGGAGCCACAGUUUGGGGGGAACCCCUGCCCAGAGAGCAUUCAGAGGAAGAAGUGUAAGGUCAGGAAGUGUAGCAGAGGACAGAGCAACGGGGACGACAAGAAACGACGCAAAGAACAGAGAGACAAGAGGAGGAGCAAACUGGACGGAGCUGAGAUCACGUCUGAACAUCCAGGUUGCAAAAUGAGGCCAUGGUCCAGUUGGACAGAAUGCACCAAACUGUGCGGAGGGGGGAUUCAGGAGCGGCUCAUGACGGUCAAGCAACGCUUUAAGACGUCACAGUUGUCCAGCUGUAAGGACAGGAAGGAAAUCCGGGCUUGUAACGUGCACCCUUGCUAGGUACCUUGCUAGGUGUUCUGUGGACAGUGGGCGGGGCGAGGAGAAGGGUAGAACCACCAACCACUGCAUUUUGUUUAUAGCAGGGGUACAUCCAUGAAUCUGUGUUAGUCAAAUCCAGGUCUGAGAUCAGCUGUUAUCCAGAGAAGCCAAACAUUAAGGUGGGUUCAAGCUAAGCUAAUCCGAUUCCUCUGUGCUCUGUAAAACCAGCUCCGACACAGAGGAGCGACUUGAAAGAUAACUAUAAAUUUGCUGUGGCAUACCAAGACAAAUAAUAAUGAUUUGAUAAUCAUAUACAUGUGAUAUCCCUAUAUAGAAAAGUACUGUUUGUUUAGAUGUAAAAAGCACAGGUGCCCAACCAUUCCAAUGUUUUAUACUUGUUUCUAGGACUCAAGGUCGACUUUCUACCCAAACAUACUGUUGUACAUGUGACUCACCCUGUCCAGAAAAUAGA